ACGGCUAACUGUCCCUUGUCCUGCCACCUGUAUGCGAGGCCAAGCAGCUCUUUGACCUCUGUGAAUGUACAAAUGCCUGAGCCCGUACGUCUCGCCUUCGUUUUUACACUUUCGCAACCCCGCCUCGUAUAGUGGUCCAACCACACAACCCUCCAAUCUCUCGAAACAUGACCACUUCAACCACUCCAAUCAUGUUGAACGCCUCGACCACCUCAACUGUAUCCUCAUCCCGCCGUCCAGGCCGAGUCCUCCGAUUCCUCGUCCCAGGCACACCUGAAACCGAGCUCUUCCGGCUCUACUCCUUUUCCAAUAACUCGCCCAAUCUCACAGUACAACCGCCACCCCAUUGGUGGCCAACAACGCAACAAUUCGCGACUUUGGAUCAUCCAAUUUAUGGGCUAGGCAACGGAGGACCAAAACAGGUUGUACAUUCAUUCGUACACAAACCCCACCUUAACGUCGGUGUUGAAGGUGAUACGGGUUGUAGUGAGGAUUCCAAGAGGGAUAUGGGUGGGGACGACGUACCAAAGGAAGUGGCUCUGAAGUGGGGUAGAGGCCAACAUCAAUUACUUCGCCUUGCGAGGGAACAUGAACUCUAUAUGAACGAUUUGAGAUAUUUACAAGGGAAAGUUGUGCCAAGGAACUAUGGGAUGUACGUUGGCGUUGUGGAAGGCAGGGAAGUGGGGUGCUUGGUACUCGAGUGGUGUGACAGUUCGACGUUGGUUGAGGAGAAUGAUUUUAUGUGUCAAAUGAUGGGUGCAGCGACUAAGAUCCACGCAGCGGGAAUAAUGCACAACGCCCUCGCUGAUCGUAAACACCGCGUCGUAGACAAAAAUCGGAAACUUCGAAUUGUAGGGUUCGGCAACGCGACGAGGCACAAAUGUCCUGGAUCCGUUCCUCGUAGUUUCAACCCUGAAAAUGGACCUUCUCCGGCAGGGUGUAGCGAGCUUGAUGCCUUGGAUGAGAUGUUUGUAGACGACGGGCACCGAUAUUUAUGGAGUCCCAUCGAGAUGCGAAGGAGCGGCUCAUGUCAUAUGCUAUCGGAUGUGUAAGAGUUAGUUAUUCAAUGAUACCCACUCAACAUAUACUUAUGAAUAUAAAGACGUUGAGAUGGCGGUCACCUUUGAUAUCU